CUCAGUCCUAUUUGAAGAAGGAUGGAUUUAUAAUGACACAGUUACCACUUGAUCUGACGAUUGUGGAUUUCUGGGCGCUGGUGUACGAUCUCGGCUGUGUAUCACUAGUGACCAUGAGCCAACUGGUGGAUCUGGACAAUACCUAUGUUGCAUUCUGGCCUCAAGAUGGUUCCAGCUACUACGGCCCGUUCCAGGUGACCUUGGUCUCUGAGAAACUACAGGCAGAAUUCACAGAGCGACGCCUCACCCUCAGUAAACACAAACAGAAUGUGAAGUAUGAGAUUAAAGUUCUGCAGCUUGAUAAUUGGCCAAUGGGAGACCCUGUCCCUCAAUCCCCAAACUCCAUCAUCAGGAUCAUACAGGAGCUGGAUUCAUGGCAACAACAGAAUGGGAAUAAACCAAUCCUCGUCACCUGCUGGUGAGUGAA